AUGCCCCAAGAUCCCCAUCUAUACGGGCAGCGGCCCAAGAAGAAGCAGAGAAAGGAUGCCGCGCUUUCAUCUUCCCUAGACUUUACAGCCCAGCUGACCUCGCUCAUGGCGUCGUCUGGCGCCUCCUCCGGCUCCGUCGCCACCAUCACCGGCCGCGCCCGGCCGUCCAAAGAGCCCAAGGAAGAUCUCUUUCGCGCCCACACGGCCCGAAAGCGCGAGAAGGCCCAGUCCCGCCGCAGCGCCAAGGACGAGAAGCUCAUUCUCAAAGACGUGGCAGGCACCGAGGAUGAAUCACGCGAGCUGGCUCGCGCGAGGCGCAACAUGGAAAACAAGGCUCGUCUUUACGCGGCCAUGAAGCGAGGCGACUACGUGCCACAGGAUAAUGAGGCGACGCCCUUGAUUGACUUUGAUCGCAAGUGGGCCGAGCACGAGGAAGGAAAAGAUGCAUUAUCAGACUUGAGCUCGUCUGAUGACCAGGAAGACGGUGACGACGGCGACGACGAGGUUAUUGAGUACGAAGACGAGUUUGGCCGUCUACGGCGCGGCACGCGCGCUGAAAAGGAGCGCAUGGAGCGGCGCAUCCAGCGCGGCCUUCUCGGCGCCGAGGAGCUCAGUCGCAUGUCGGCACGGCCCCCCGCGCCGAGCAACCUCAUCCACGGCGACGCCAUCCAAGCCAUGGCGUUUAACCCCGACGACCCGGACAAGAUGGAGGCGCUGGCGCGGAAGCGCGACCGCAGCGCGACGCCGCCCGAGAUGAAGCACUACGAUGCGGACAAAGAGGUCCGCUCAAAGGGCGUCGGCUUCUACAAGUUUAGCAGGGACGAGGACACGCGGCAGAGGGAGAUGCGGGCGCUCGAGGAUGAGCGCAAGCAGACUGAAACGCAGCGGCAGGCGAGGGAGGAGCAAAAGGCGGCGAGGAAGCGGGAGAUUGAGGAGAGGAGGAAGGCGAUGGAGGCUAGGAGGGCCAAGAAGCAGGCUGAUAGCUUUCUUGGUAGUUUGGGAGAUUAA